AUGUCCGAAUUGCCAAUUAAACAAGAUUGGCUGGAAAGUGCUAUUGAAGAAAAAUUUAUGAAAUGUUUUGAAUAUAAGUCUUUUAAUGAAUUUAAAAUGAUCGGUAGUGGUGGUUUUGCUACUGUGUAUAGUGCUUAUUCAAAAGAUAUUGAAAAAGUCGUAGCGUUGAAAAAGUUAAACCAUGAUCUUGCUAGUGAUAACGAAAGUUCGUUGGGUGGAGUUAAAAAUGAAAUCAAGAAUAUUACUAAAAUUAAUCAUCAUGAUAAUAUUGUUCGAUUCUUUGGAAUCACUCAAGUCUUACAUGUAACAAAAAAUGGUCGUGAAACUCCAAUUGAUGGUUCCCCUGCUGAAUUUAUUAGUCUUUAUUGUGAUGCUUGGAAUAGUGAUCCAGAUAAUCGUCCUACCAUCACUGAAAUUCGUGAUAGAUUAAAUAAUAUAAAGAUACCUGUUGAACAAAUUGAUAGUGAUCAAAAUCAUAAAAUUGAUAGUUCCCCAAAUGAAUAUCUUCCUAUAGGUUUGUUAUAUUAUAUCUAA